ACAAAACUUCAGGACAGAAAAUGGCGACGGCGGGGAGUCGGACGUCGUCGUUAGGCGGAAUAUUAGACUCCAGUAGCGGCACAAAUGUCGGGAACGGACUUCAGGACAGUUCUGGCGGCUCCACACUUUCGAUCAGCAGCGGGAAAGUGAAGAGAAAUGCCGUGGAGAGUUCGCAGUGGAGGCGGAAGGUGAGGAGUGUGGAUCUGGAUAAAUGCGAGAGCGGGACCGCAGCGCUGCAGCUCCUCACGGUGUCCGGUCCCGGCUCGAUCCAGACCGCUCAUCUGUGCCACAGUGCUCAGGAAUGGACGAGGAGCUCUUUAAAGAGCAGCAGCGAGAGUCCGAGAGCUGAACACGGAGCGGCUGUUUCGGACCUGAGCGCCUCACACAGCAGUCGAGACACGGAGAGCAAGGAGACUCUGCGCGGGCUGCAGAAGAUGGAGGACCGGCCAGAAGAGCGCUUGAUCCGAGAGAAGCUCAAGGCCACCUGUAUGCCCACCUGGAAGAGCGAGUGGCUGGAGAGGCGGAGCAGGAGAGGCCCGAUGGUAGUGAAGCCCAUUCCUCUGAGAGCAGACGGCACUGAGGCGGGAAGCGACAGUCACAGCUCAUCUUCCUCUCAAAGCAGAGGCCAGCGCAGCCCUUCACCUGGACCGUCCUCGUCCUCCACUAAGACCGCCGGGAAGCCUGAUUCUCCGGGUCUGCGCAGACGGAAAGGAUCCCCAGUGCCUAGCGGUAGGGUGACGCCCCCUCGGAGAGCUCCCUCCCCUGAUGGCUUUUCCCCAUAUAGUCCAGAAGAGACCAACCGCAGGGUCAACAAGGUCAUGAGAGCCCGCCUCUACCUGCUGCAGCAGAUCGGACCCAAUUCAUUCUUGAUUGGUGGAGACAGUCCUGACAACAAAUUCCGGGUGUUCAUUGGUCCACAGACGUGUAGCUGUGGCCGAGGGACGUUCUGCAUCCACGUGCUCUUCGUCAUGCUCCGAGUCUUUCAGCUGGAGCCGUCAGACCCUCUGCUGUGGAGGAAGACCCUGAAGAACUUUGAGGUGGAGAGCUUGUUUCAGAAGUACCACAAUCGCCGCAGCUCGCGCAUCAAAGCCCCCUCACGCAGCACCAUCCAGAAGUUUGUGUCUCGCAUGUCCAACUCUCACACCACAUGUACCUCCAGCGCCUCUCCAUCCAGCAACGAAAGCAGCAUGAAGGACGAGGAGGAGCAGAUGUGCCCAAUCUGUCUGUUGGACAUGCUGGAUGAGGAAAGUCUGACGGUGUGUGAAGAGGGCUGCCGAAACAAACUCCACCAUCACUGCAUGUCUAUAUGGGCCGAGGAGUGCCGGAGAAAUCAGGACCCGUUAAUCUGCCCUCUGUGUAGAGCCAAGUGGAAGUCUCAUGAUUUUUACAGUUAUGAAGCACCAUCUACAGUGGAAAGCACAACAAACCCCUCUCAGAGUCAAACAGCUGCUUCUUCUUCAUCUCUUCAUACCGAGAGCUGGAGAACGGGGCAGGAGGGUGACUUCUCUCUCCCACAGUAUGGAGUACAGCACAUCCCUCAGACAUACACAGAGCUCGCCGAACCCUGGAUCAAGGUGUUUGGUUUGGAGCUGGUAGGCUGUCUUUUUUCCCGAAACUGGAACAUCAGAGAAAUGGCUCUUCGGAGGCUGUCCCAUGACGUGAGCGGCGCCCUCCUGUUGGUCGGAGCGGGGCUGGGGACAGCAGCAGGCGAGGUGUCCGGAGACGUGGUGGUGGAGUCCUGCUGUAGCGUGCUCUCCAUGGUCUGCGCUGACCCCGUCUACAAAGUCUAUGUGGCAGCACUGAAAACCCUGCGGGCGAUGCUGGUGUACACCCCCUGUCACUCGGUGUCCGAGCGCACUCGUUUACAGCAGCUGCUGCGGCCCGUGGUGGACACCAUCCUGCUCAAGUGUGCGGACGCUAACAGUCGCACCAGUCAGCUGUCCAUCUCCACCCUGCUGGAGCUGUGCAAAGGUCAAAUGGGGGAACUCGCUGUGGGAAGAGAAAUCCUCAAAGCAGGCUCUAUUGGUAUCGGUGGAGUUGACUAUGUCCUGAACUGUAUCUUGGGCUCUAAAACGGAGGCCAGUAACUGGCAAGCACUGCUGGGUCGGCUGUGUCUGAUCGACAGGCUCUUGCUGGAGUUUCCUGCUGAAUUCUACCCUCAUAUCAUGUCUGGUGGAGACUGUAACCAGGCCCAAAACGCUGUGGAGAGGUACCAGAAGCUGCUGCCUCUUCUGAGUUUCGCACUGCAAUCCAUCGAUAACUCUCACUCCAUGGUGGGUAAACUCUCUCGCCGGGUCUUCUUGAGCGCCGCCCGUAUGGUCGCACGUGUGCCUCAUGUCUUCGUGAAGCUCCUGGACAUGCUCAACAUCACCAGCUCCACUCACUACGCCCGCAUGCGCCGCCGUCUCCUGGCCAUCGCUGAGGAGAUGGACAUCCUGGACGCCAUCCAUCUGGGACUAGACGACCUGCAGACCGAGCACAGUUCACACUCCAGUGCUUUCCUAGGACCCGCAGCCCCCCAGAACUCCCCGUGCACCACCGAGAGAAACUCUCCCACCCCUGAUCUACAGCAGACCACCACCAAGAUGACGCUUUCAGGUCAAGCCCGUUCAGCUCCUGUGGACGAUAUAACAGAGAGACUCUCAAACGUCGUCACAAGCCCUGCUGAGUUUCCAAAGCCCCCCGUUCAGCCCCGAAACAGACCCGUGAGUCAGUGUUUGAACUCCCCAUCAUCCGGUCAGCCCCCAAACCUUCCUUCUCUGUCCAUGGCCAACGCCUCUGCCUUCCCUCCAGAAAACCCCAAAGCCCUGCCACAGUGUUUUAUGCCCAACAAGAUCACCCAGUCCUCACUGAAUACCCAGCGUAAGAAGGGAUUUAAUGGAGGCGACUGUAAGGAUACGGAGAAGCUGCCUUCACCUGUGUUUACCCAAGCUCGACCACUGCACUCGAGUCAGAUCCACCGGCCCAGACCCACUCGCCCCUGUCCCGCUGACGGAGCUAAAGCUUUAAGCCCAGGGACGAAGAGCAACAUGAGACUGGACCUUCAGGAGGUUAGGUCCAGAGAUGACACGGUCUGCAGUGGCGGAUCCACUCUCAUCCCCAGCGAGGACUCUGUCUUCACCCCAGUGGAGGAGAAGUACCCCGGUCUAGAAACCUCGGCCGAUCUCAGCUCCAGCUUGGAGGACCUGCUGGAAACCUCCAUCCCUGCGGCAGACAGCACUGUCACCUUCCAGUCCGAAGUGGCGGUGCUGUCACCAGAGCAGGCGCACACAAACGACGACACAUACAGCGAGGAUGUGACCCAGAACCAGAAGUGCAAGGAGAAGAUGGAAGCUGAGGAAGAGGAGGCACUGUCUGUGGUCAUGGCCAUGUCUGAGUCACAAGAUGCCCUGCCUGUCAUCCCACAGUUACAGGUGGAGAAAGAAGAGGACGUGAUCAUUAUACAGGUGGAUACCCCAGGGACUCUGCCUGGUCAUACCAAAGCAAAGCAGCCAUACCGGGAGGGCAAGGAAUGGCUCAAAGGUCAGCAGAUUGGCCUGGGUGCCUUCUCGUCAUGUUACCAGGCUCAGGAUGUGGGCACUGGCACUCUGAUGGCAGUCAAACAGGUGACGUAUGUGAGGAACACCUCCUCGGAGCAGGAAGAGGUGGUGGAGGCACUACGAGAGGAGAUCCGCAUGAUGGGUCUCCUCAACCACCCCAACAUCAUCCGAAUGCUUGGGGCAACCUGUGAGAAGAACAAUUACAACCUGUUUGUGGAGUGGAUGGCAGGUGGCUCUGUGUCUCAUCUCUUAAAUAAGUAUGGUGCCUUUAAGGAGGGUGUGAUCAUCAACUACACCGAGCAGCUUCUGCGAGGUCUCUCCUACCUCCAUGAGAACCAGAUCAUCCACCGGGACAUCAAAGGUGCCAAUCUACUAAUUGACAGCACAGGCCAGAGGCUGCGGAUAGCUGAUUUUGGGGCAGCAGCACGGCUGGCUUCGAAAGGCACCGGUGCGGGAGAGUUUCAGGGUCAGCUCCUGGGAACCAUUGCCUUCAUGGCUCCUGAGGUGCUGAGAGGACAGCAGUACGGGCGCAGCUGUGACGUCUGGAGUGUGGGCUGUGCUAUUAUAGAGAUGUCCUGUGCCAAGCCGCCCUGGAACGCAGAGAAACACUCCAACCAUCUGGCACUCAUUUUCAAGAUCGCCAGCACUACCACAGCGCCCAGCAUCCCUCCCCAUCUGUCCCCAGGCCUGCGGGACGUCACCCUGCGCUGCCUGGAGCUGCAGCCCUCGGACCGGCCGCCCUCCAGAGAGCUGCUGAAGCACCCCAUCUUCCGGCACAGCUGGUAGAGACGACUGAAGGCCGCUCGGGCCUGGGCUCCUAGUGCCAGUUCUUCUGUCUCUCUCUCGCCUGAACAAUCAAAACACAAUCACUGAACAGAGCCCUGAACGCUGUAGCCUCGACACCUGAUGCACAAACACACUAGCACACGUGUGUCUGGAUAAAAGGGCCAUUUCUGUUUUUAUGUUGAGAUCUCUGCUCUGUUUACUCUCUGAAAUCAGGUGGUCUUUAGUAACAGAGAGGCAGAGAUGUGAACGCAUGAACUCACGCUUUGUUUUACACCAUGAAUGUGGUUUGGUGAAAGACAAAUCUCUGCUAGUUGAACUAGCACACCGCUGAAUGUGAAUGCCUAUGAUGCCCGUAUGGUUCGCUUUUCAGUUCUGAAUGGAGAUCAUGUGUAUAAAUAUCUGGUUUUACUUGUUUUAGCUUAAUGGGUGUAAUUGGGAAAGCCAUGACCCAGUUUUAGACUGUGAGGUGUGUGUGUGUGUGUGUGUGUGUGUGUGUGGAAAGUGUCACUGGAACAUCAUUUCUGAUCUCCAACUCCAUUUCAGUUUUUAUGUUGUGAUUUGACUCC